AUGCAUAAGGACUGCAUGGAUGCAUAUUGCAUAGGCAUCAGCGGUGUCCUACCACUUCACAUGGCCCUUACCAGCCCCAAUGCCAUGCCAUGCCAACCUAACCGAACCUUCAAGGAUAGUUGGUACUUUCUGACAACACCAACACCUCAUCAGAUAUGA